AUGGAAGCAACACCUAGGUGGUUUGAGCAUAGCUCUUGCCAUGGAAAAGUUCCCCGAAAAGGUCUCUGUUGCUAUCUUCCUCACCGCCUUUAUGCCGAAUACCGCACACAAGCCUUCUUAUGUUAUAGAGCAGAAGGUUGGUUAGAUACUCAAUUCUUGCCAUACGAAGACGAAAACGUGCCUAAUCAAACAAUUCUUUUCGGUCCAAAUAUGUUGUCCUCAAAGCUCUAUCAACUUUGUUCCAUUGAGGAUCUUGAAUUAGGGAAAAUAUUGACCAGGCCUGGAUCUUUAUUUGUAAAUGACUUACAAAAUUCAAACGAAUUCACGAAAGAAAUAUAUGGUAUUGUGAAGCGGGUGUUUGUCUUAUGUGAUGAAGAUAAACUCAUGAAAGAUGAUUUCCAAAAAUGGAUGAUUGAUAAUAGUCCAGCGGUCGAGACUAAAGAGUUGAAAGGUGUGGACCAUAUGGCGAUGUUAUCUGACCCAAAACAGCUCAGUGUUUGCCUCCUUGACAUAGCCCUUAGACUUGCUUAGAAAUUCUUCAUUAUGUGGGUAUAAUGUUGUCAUGUUGAUGAAAAUAUAUAUCCGUUUGCAUUUGUAAUUUCAGUCAUUAUGUUUUUAGAAUUUCGUCCAUGGAGAACUGUAAAUUUGAAUUCAUUGUGUCUCUUUCUUA